UUCAGUGGGCACUUUGUACCUGUUAGUUUUGCCUCGUCUCUCUUUUCUCUUCACCCUUUUCUACUAGAACUUCGAAGACCUCAUUAGACAGAGAAAUUACUUGUAAUUUAUGGAAGCACUGCUAAUGGGAAACAUCCAUUUCCAGUUCGCUAUUGAAAGCAUAGAUCUAACGUUAACCAAAAUAAAUUUAUUUUGACCUAAAGAACAUGGCAGCCCUCUGUUAACAGUACAAGUACUUUUCUGAAAGAGUGGUCAGGCGCUGGAAUGGGCUGCCCAGGGAGGUGGUUGAGUCACCGUCCCUGGAGGUGUUCAAGAAACAUUUAGAUAUAGUGUUGAGAGACAUGGUUUAGUGGGGUUAUUGGUGGUAGGUGGAUGUUUGGACUGGAUGAUCUUGUAGGUCUUUUCCAACCUGGCUAAUUCUAUGAUUCUAACUAAAUUGUAUGGCAUAGCGUAGUGUAAUUGCUUGCAAUAGAAAAGCUCAGUGGGAUGAUUUGGGAAGGAAGGGAUAAUUCUGCAUGAAGAAUGAUACCAGCCUAUCUCCAAACUUUAGCUGCACACGACAGUUGUAAAGUACCUAUUCCUCUGUCAAAUUUGUUUUUCCCUUCAGCUGCUAAAUAUAGCGAUACAUUCUAAGUGACAGUUAAAGUCCCAGGCAUAACUCAGGUAAUAAGGCUGACCUGCCCAAUUUAUACCCUGUUCUGCCUCCCCAGCUUGGUUCCUCCCUGCUCCCGUGGGUUUGUGCAGUGAUAUCCAUCCUCACGCUCUCCCAGACUGGAGUUACCCUAAUUCACAUCAGUGUCAAAGCCCAGACUGGUCUUCAUGCUCCUGAGAGUUGGCCUCUGUAGACUUCUGUUGGUAUGUGACCUAGAACUGUAAAUGCUCUGGAAGAUGUUAGAUGAUCUUUGAUAGCCCACUGAUGAGUUCCCACCACUGGUUUGUGCUCCUGUAUAUUCUUUGUGUCUUCCUUCCUUUCUUAUCCCUUGUGGCAUUGGAAAGGGUCCUUGGCCAGAUACCUCUAAAGAUGCAGAUGCUCUCCUUUCAUGCUCCACAUCUCUGGAGUGAAUUUCCUUGUUGUUGUUUUCCCCAUUUCUUAAUAUGUAAUUAAAAAUUACAUAUUAAUCAGUAGCACAGGUUGGAACAUCUGAAGAAACAAGUGAGAAGAAUGAAGUCACAGAAUCAAAGAAUCAUUAAGGUUGGAAAAGACCUUUAAGAUCACCAAGUCCAACCCUCGCUCCAUCCCCACCAUGUUCACUAGCCUGUGUCACUCAAUGCCUCGUCUCCAUGUUUCUGGAGCACCUCCAGGGACAGGGACUCUGCGAUCUCCUUUGGCAGUCUGUUCCAGUGCCUCACCACUCUUUCUGAGAAGAAAUUCUUCCUAAUAUCCAACCUGAACCUCCCCUGGUGCAACUUGAGGCCAUCACCUCUCAUCCUAUUGCUGUUACCUGGGAGAAGAGGCCAACCCCCACCUCACCACAGCGUCCUUUUAGGCAGUUGUAGAGAGCGGUAAGGUCAUCCCUGAGCUCUUCAGGAACCCUGAAAGCCCAUGAGAGGUGGCUGUAUGAGCACGGGCUUGGUCUGAGUUUCGUACUGUGAUGGCUUGCAGCAAACGCAAGGUGUAUGUAGAUGUGUGUAUGUGUGUAGAUUUACUGAUGAGAUGUAGAAAUGCAGAAGAUUGGGAGAGAGGACAGCAGGUUUUCUGCUGUGUCCCCAGCACACUGGGUGCAGUCAACCCUUCAAUUCUUGACUUUAGGCCCAACAAGGCAGGAAGCUGAAGUAGGGUUGUGCUGUGGUUAGCAUGGGCUCUCAGAGGGCUGUGGUCAUCAUCACCCUGAUGAAAGAUGUGCCACUGCUCACAGGCUUUGCGUCUUAUCCCACCACAUCUCAUCACAGGAAGUAGCUGCUGCCUGUGAUGGUGAGGUGUUCGUGCAGAAGGGCUGCUGCAUCGGCAAAGACUCCUGCUCCCCCUCCAGCUGUUGGGGCAGAUGAAACCCUUGCUCGGACAUAUAGAACAUCAUUUUGCUCAAGAGGGAAAUAUAAGUUUUGCUCGAUCCUAAAAUUAGCCAGGCUCAGCUCUCAGAGCUUGCAGUGUCACCACGCUCACCAAGUGAGAAACACCCCUUGGGAGCAGCACAGUGAACAGGAACAGGAUUUGACCCAUCUAUUUUUUCAUUUCUGCUCGGAAAGUAAAUUUUCUCAUUUCCUGACACCGUUUUCAUUAUGUCACAUUCUUAAAUAGCUGCAGAAAGGUGGCAACAAUUUCACCUGCAUGUUAAUAUGAAAUACACAUUAAACUGAUGCUGAUGCUUUUUGUUCAGAGACACACAAGAAAGGGCAAAGUUAUCUUCCUGCAAAGGUUUAGGGAAGGAAGGAAUUAGUAUAUCCUGAAUUAACAGAUUAUGUAUGUCCAAGCCCUUGAGGACUUCCAGUUUAGCUCAUCUGGAAAAGCUCACAUGCUCCACUGGCUGAGCUGCCCACGCACAGCCUGAAGGCCCUGGCAAGGCUUUGCAUCACCAAGUCUGCAGCAAAUCAGCUGGAUAGAGGAUGCACAUAGGUUCUUCCUCCUUUUCAGAUUUAAUUUUGAUACAGUGAGAUUGCACAUGCAUCUGCAACUUUUAUAUGGUUUGAAAGUUGCAAGCGUACUAGUAAGCAAAGGUCGAUUUCGCCAUCUUUUUCAACUGCCUUCUUUGGAACCAGCCCUCCAGCCUCCCCAGUGAAGACCUCUGAUUCAUCCUCACCCCCUGGUCUGGCUGCACCCCAGCGCUGAGCUUCAGCCCUUCUUGGCUAGCUCUGCCCAGCAGCAUUAAGCAGAGGGCAUUUUCCUCCUCCCGAGCUUCUCAGCAAUGAAAUAACAAGUCUUACAGCAAGGGUCAUGCUACAGUCUGAAUCUGCAAUGUGAUUUUAGCUGUGCGAAAGCUGUGGUUGGAAAGUACCAUCCCAAGCACUGCAGUGGUGAAGAUGGAGCGGGACCUGUCACUCCAAGCAUACCCCAAGCCCAUGGAGAUCACAUGCAAGCUGAACUGCAGGAGGAAGUCCCAAAACCUGUGAUGAAUCUUGAAAAUCUGUGAGCAAAGGGUUGGGUUACAUGAAGGUGUGGAAGGGUGUGAAUUUUCUGGUUGUCACUGCAGAGUUGUUCUUUGAGCUGCGGGUGCUGUGGCUUUGAAGUCCCCCCUCACAACUUCCCACAUUUCCUUCCCAGAUGAGUGACCCAACCAAGUGAAAAUCAUAGCCUAGUGCUGCAUACUCAGCUCUUGGACACAGCAAAUUGCUGCCAUUGCCCAAGAGACAUUGGGAAUGGGAGAAAAAGAGUUGUGAAAUGGGUACUGCGUGCUGAGGGCAGGAUCACCAUGGUGCUUUGGCCAGGUCUUCCAACCAGGAGUUCAAGGUGCCCUUGAACCAUGUGGAGAUGACCAUGUGCAUCCCUCCCUGAGCUCCCCCUGGGCCAAGCCCUUCCCACCAUGUUGGGUCUCCAUGGAGAAGACCAAGCUCUGAUCUGAUGAUGAGACUGCUCUGAUUUCUCCUACCUGGAAGCCAGCAGCCAAGGCAAUCUCAUUAAAUCAUGUGAGUAUUCCCACCUGGUGAGAUAUAAUAGCAUUGUAGAAUCAUAGAAUGGUUUGUGUUGGAAGGGACAUCAAAGAUCAUCUAUUUCCAACCCCCUUGCCUUGGUAGGGACACCUUCCAUAUCCAUGUGUCUUCCUCAUCUGUUAUGCAGGCCGAAUUGUGGAAGAAAUCCAUGGAAUGAAAUAAAUGGAGAGGGAUGGUGGCCAUCUCCUGUGGUCCUGAUCAUCAAAGCCAUAUGGUCAGGACUCCAAACCAGCCUCUCUUUUUCACCUUUGUACCACUGGCUUUGAAACAGAGCUGGUGGUUCUGGACUUGCAUCUCAGACCAACCCUCCUGGAGAAGACUCUUGGAUCUUUCCCUUCUUGUUAUUGACAGCCUGACUCUAUCUCUCUGCCUGCAAGGUGGAAGUUUUUCUCUUGCUACCGAGAGCUUCCUUCAUCUACCCAGGGAGAUAGGUGUUAUUUAUGCUUUCUAAAAAUAAAAAUCCUCAUUAAUUCCCAUUUUUGGUUUAUCAGUGCAUACUGCUUUCUUCAACUCCUUUUAAAGCAUGGAGCCUUUUCUUGGUGCUCAAGGUGUAAAGGCAGUGUGGUUUAGACCCUGCUCGCUUCCAUUGGGAUCUGCCUGCCCUUGGGAUCCUCCUGGCACCUGGGAUUCCCCCUGCACAUCACGCAGUGCCCGUGGCCUCCCCUCUCCGCUCACAUACACAGGAAGGAGCCCGGUCUCGCCCACCCGCAGCGAACUCAGCGGGUGCAGAGGGGCUGAGCCAGAGCUGCUGACUUCCUCCUGGGCCACGAGAGCACGGCAGCCUCAGGAGAUGUGCUGUGGGCAGCGCUGCUGGGGCCUCGGCUCCCUCCUCCUCCUGCUGCUGCUGCUGCUGCUGGGGCAAAACCUGGGUCUUCUCAUCGACAUCCCGCAGGAUGUGGUCAGUGGCACCGUGGGGCAGUCCGUGCUCCUGCCUGUCUCCUACAGAGUCAACAGCUCCCUUUGCUUCCCAAUGUCAAUUCUGUGGAAGCUUGGGAACAGCCCACAAGUGAUCAUCACCUGCACAGUGCAGAACUGCUCCCUGGAUGCUGAGGGAGCUCCCAAGAAAUGCUCUGCAGUAUGUUUCCCUCUUGCCACAUACCGGAACCGCAUUGAGGUCUUCCCCGAGAACGCAUCCCUGCUGCUGCGGGACCUGCAGCUCAGUGACAGCGGGGUGUACAGCGUCACCUUCCAACAACAAAAUCAAAUCAGAUGGAUCACCCUAGUUGUGCACAAUCAGCAUGUUCCCCCCGAGCAUCAUGACGAAGUACCAGACAGCGAGGAUCCAGGCAACACCCCUUACUACACAAUUGGAGCUUGCUCUUUUAUCGGCCUCUUUCUGCUGUUCCUGGCCCUCUGCAUGUGGCGAUGGGGUGCAGCGCGGCAGAAGAUGAGAACCACUACACAGCAGCAGGCCUCAAACACAGAGGACAUCCACAUGGAAACCACUGCAGUAGGGGACGUGGCAACCAUUUAUGCCACAGUUGGAGAAAACUUAGAAGAGACAAAGCCAAGAGCUUUACCAGAGACGGUCUACACAUCCGUAACCUUCCCUCAAGUGCCUUCUGCUUUGGCUCCGAACCGUGCAGGAGAUAGAUUUGCAGCAGAGCCAAGGUGAUGCUGUUGUCUGUCCCUUGUGACUGAACUCUUGGUGAGCCCACUCCUGCCCAUGGAGUGUUUAAGUGCUUGGAGUAACAGACUAUGGAAAUGCAUUAGUUUGCCUCAAAGCACGGUUUCUCUUGAAUUUGAGGGAUGAGAUGGUUUUAGUUUCAUCUUGAGACUUCCUGAGAGCACAAAGACACCGAAUGCAAGAGAAAGAUGCCAAAAGCAAAGGCAAAACAAUUCACCCAUCGACACACCUUAAUUUGAGGGGUAAUGGAGAACACUGAAUGUAUUUCAGUCUUCUGUCCCAGGGUCACUUACCAACUGCCUUGUCAUAUUAAAAGAAUGUAUGAAGAUUUUU